AUGGGUAUGUAUCACAUGGAUUCUGAUUACCAUCGCCGUGGUCUCGUUGUGGACGAUCGUUCACCAGUCUACUUUGUUAGGCUUGAUAAACCGAGAGCUUCGGACGAUCUUUACAUAGGCAAGAGAGAAAAGAUGCGUAGGUGGUUAUGUUGUGCUUGCCACGUCGAAGAGCCUUACCAUGCUUCUGUAAAUGAGCAUUUGAGAAGCCCUAAGCACCAUAUUGAUUACGGGUACAAAAAAAGAGCACCGGUUGCUUUGAAGCCUGCUGCUUUAAAGGAGCCACCAUCUAUCGAUGUCCCUGCAUUGUCAUUAGACGAGUUGAAAGAAAAGACAGAUAACUUUGGAUCAAAGUCUUUGAUUGGUGAAGGAUCUUACGGAAGAGCUUACUAUGCAACUUUGAAAGAUGGGAAAGCUGUGGCAGUCAAGAAGCUUGACAAUGCAGCUGAGCCUGAGUCAAACGUUGAGUUCUUGACUCAGGUCUCGAAGGUCUCUAAGCUUCAGCAUGAGAAUUUCGUUCAGCUCUUUGGUUACUGUGUUGAAGGGAACCUUCGGAUUCUUGCUUAUGAGUUUGCUAGUAUGGGGUCUCUGCAUGAUAUUUUACAUGGGAGGAAAGGAGUUCAGGGAGCACGGCCAGGUCCAACUCUUGAUUGGAUCCAACGGGUGAGAAUCGCUGUUGAUGCAGCUAGAGGACUUGAGUAUUUACAUGAGAAAGCUCAGCCUGUGGUGAUACAUAGAGAUAUUCGUUCUAGCAAUGUGCUUCUCUUUGAAGACUUUAAAGCCAAGAUUGCUGAUUUUAAUCUGUCGAAUCAGUCUCCUGACAUGGCUGCUCGUCUUCAUUCGACAAGAGUCUUGGGAACCUUUGGUUACCAUGCACCAGAGUAUGCGAUGACUGGUCAGCUGACACAGAAGAGUGAUGUUUAUAGUUUUGGUGUGGUGCUUUUGGAGCUCUUGACUGGUAGAAAACCUGUUGAUCAUACAAUGCCUCGUGGCCAACAAAGUCUUGUCACUUGGGCCACUCCAAGGCUGAGUGAAGACAAAGUGAAGCAAUGUGUUGAUCCAAAACUCAAAGGAGACUAUCCUCCUAAAGCAGUUGCAAAGCUCGCGGCUGUUGCAGCGUUGUGUGUGCAAUAUGAAUCAGAAUUUAGGCCGAACAUGAGCAUUGUGGUAAAAGCUUUACAACCAUUAUUGAGGUCAUCAACAGCAGUAGCUGUUCAAUCACAGGCAAUAUGA